ACCGAGCCCGGGGCCCGACCGGGCCGGCACCGAACCUGGCCCCCAGCGCUCGGGUCCGAGUUUGGUCAGAACCGCUCUGGGAUAGGGCCCAGCCUGGUCAGGUCAGAGCUCCGCCAGCGCAGAGAGCGCCCCGUCCGGAUCAGAACCGAACCGGGACCCGCGAGGAAGGGAGGAGUUCGGCUCUGCCCCCAGCUUGUCGCCCUCGGGCUAAAGGGGAGGGAAAGAGGCAGAACUAGCUGUAAAGUCACAUUGGUGUUGGGGGAGCUGGGCCCAACCGGGUCAGAACAGGACUGGGAGACGUGAUCCCAGGGAGGAAAACUGUAUCUGAGCCAGACAAUCACCCCUGGGCUGCAGGGGCCAGGCCAGGCCUGAAUUGGGGGCAGAAGAGGUGCAUGGGUCAGGAACUGAGCCUUGGAGGGGAAGACAGUGGAACUGAGUCAGUUUAAACCCAGUUGAGUCUGGAAAUCGAGGAAGACUGAUCCCAGAACUGAACUGGGUCUGCUUGUGGGCCAGAGAGGUCUAAACAAAGUUUGAACAGAACCAGAUCCUUAUGGAGUGAAAGCAAGAGAGCUAUGUGUGUUUAGGGGUGAGACAGUGAUAGCCACAACAAAAGGGCUUUAGAAUUGGAAACAAAGUGAAGCAAAUCUGAGACAGUUUGUGUGAUCAAGACACAAACUGUGUUGAAGAAGUCAGAGUAGGGGAGAGGGAACAACAAUGUUUCUGUGACAAAGCUGGUUGGGGAGAAAAGAGGAUCCUUUACCAACCUAGAGACUCUCCCUGGCACCAGGCAUCAUCCAAGAGACUUUCUGCAAGGAAGUUAGUGAAUCUGAACAGAUCCCAAGAACAAGGAAAGUUUAGAGAACAGCAGAGCUGAGCAAAUGAUACUGAACCACAUCUGGAUCUGGUCUAGAGCAUAAGUGGGAGACAAGAAAGAAGUGAAAGGUUGAGCACUGGGAUUUGUAAAUGGAAGAGGAGAAAAAUUAUUUCCAACUGAAAUUGCAUUAAUUGGCAAAAGGAAUCAGAAUCAGUCCAGAGACAGAGCUGAUGUAAAGGGGCUGCACAGGAGGACGAAGUGAAUCCCUUGGAUACAAACAGCGGAGAGCAGCAUCUAGUACUGGGCAGUGUCAGAGGCAACGUCCUGAACCAAAUGGACUCCAUGUCUGAUCCAGCCUGGCAGUUCCUCAGAGGAGCCGUUCAGAUGCUGCCAGAUGCCACCAGGGGAGAGCUGACUUGGAGGCAGGCGGACAGGGAGAUGUUUGGACGGGACGUCACUUCGGAUCUGGCAUCUGAGUGAGUGUCCCCCUACAUGAGACUUCAACUCUGAGCGCAGGCUGGUGACCCGUUGUCGCACCCAAGCAGGAGGGAGGAUGACGAGCACAGCUCCAUCCAAGAAGCCUUACCGCAAGGCACCGCCACAGCACCGUGAGAUCCGUCAUGAUCUGCCCAUCCUUCGAGACGACCAAGACGGUGUGAUUUUGGCCGAGCAGAGUCAGGAGCCCUUGACGGAUGCAGAAAGGAUGAAGUUGCUGCAGCAUGAGAACGAGGAGCUGCGCCGGCGGCUGGCCUAUGUCACCAACAAGAUGGAGUCGAUGGAGAGGGAGCUGGAGUCCGGCCAGGACUACCUGGAGCUGGAGCUGGGCCAGAACCGCGAAGAGCUGGAGAAAUUCAAGGACAAAUUCCGCAGGUUACAGAACAGCUACACUGCUUCACAGAGAACCAAUCAGGACCUGGAGGAGAAGCUGCAUACCCUGAUAAAAAAGGCUGAGAUGGACCGGAAGACCCUGGACUGGGAGAUUGUGGCGCUCACUAACAAGCUGCUAGAUGCCAAAACUACCAUCAAUAAACUUGAGGAGCUCAAUGAGCGCUAUCGGCAGGACUGUAACCUCGCAGUGCAGCUGCUCAAGUGCAACAAGUCCCACUUCAGGAACCACAAGUUUGCUGAUCUUCCCUACGAGCUGCAGGACAUGGUCAAUAAGCACCUGCACAGCACCCAGGAGUCCCCAGGCCCUGGGCAGGAGGCUGCACAUACCCUGGCCCCAUCUGACGUUGUGCCCACCUCAGUUAUUGCCAGAGUCCUGGAGAAGCCCGAGUCACUGGUCCUGAACUCUGCCAAGUCCAGCAGCGGCAGCUGUCCCAUGGCUGAGGAUGUCUUUGUGCACGUGGACAUGAGUGGAGCUCUGCUGGAUGCCUGCCCCAGCCCAGGGCUGCCUGGGAAGGAGAGAGGGGAAGUGGGGAAGCAGCAGAACGGGGGCUGCAAGCCACAGAGCAGUGUGGAGAGCCUGCCAGAGGAGGUGCCUGCCUUCGAGAAGCUGAGCCCCUACCCUACGCCCUCCCCUCCCCACCCCAUGUACCCAGGGCGUAAGGUGAUUGAGUUCUCUGAGGACAAGGUGAGGAUCCCAAAGAACAGCCCCCUGCCCAACUGCACCUAUGCCACGCGACAGGCCAUCUCCCUGAGCCUGGUGCAGGGCGAGGACGAGAGCAGUGAGAGGCACCGGACGCUCCCUAACAGCCCUGUCUCAGAGGGCCGCCACUCAGCCUCCAGUUGCUCCUACCAGCCAUCUCCCAAGGCGGCUCGGGCACACGGCUCCUCGCAGAGCAGCCCUUUCAGCAGCCCACCCCAGAUCCCCAGCGCCUUCGCCAGCUCGGCCAGCUCGGAGGAGGACCUCCUGGCCAACUGGCAGCGGAUGUUUGUGGACAAGGCGCCCCCCACUUCAGAGCAGGUGCUGGUGAGCCGCACCUCCUUCAGCCGUGACAUGGCCCCGGAGCUCCAGAAGCGAUUCAGCCGCUCCAUGCAGGAGCUGGGCAGGGCGGCCUCGGCCUACUCGGACGGCGAGGAGUCUGCGCAGAGCUGCAGCUGGACCGUGAGCCGGGACUCGAGUGUGGACACAGACAGCACUGAGUCCCGAGCCCGCAGGAGCCAUUUCUCCUCCGACUACGGCACGGACUUCUCCCAGGAUGAAGCCCGGAAGCUGCUCCAGGGCAGUGGCGGGGGCACCGCUGAGCCCAGCAGCCCCCUGCCAGAGAAGCACAAGGACUAUGUGGACCGGGGCUCACCUGGGAGCCCGGCUGAGGAAAGGGAAAUGCUGCUGCAAGCAAGCAAGGAGAGCAGCCCAGGGGGAGCCCUGGAGGAGAGUGGGGAAUGCAGGAGCAAGCCUCCCUCAGGGCGGCCACACCGCAGCCCCAAGAGGAUGGGUGUCCACCAUCUCCAUCGCAAGGACAGCCUGACGCAGGCCCAGGAGCAAGGCAACCUGCUCAACUGAGGCUGGGCCGGGAGCAGUGCCCUGGGGUAGUGCUGUAGCUGCCUUACCACUCACAGGGUUGGUGUCCCCGGCACGACGCAUGCCCCAGGGGGCUGCAGGCUCCACUCCCACCUUAUAUUUAUUCUGGUUUUGAUACUCUGAGGCGCCAGGAUCUUGCCGGUGUUCUGCACCCACCACACCAGAACACACACUUGGGGCCUCGCUCGGCCUGGCAUGCAUGCCCAUGCCUGUGCUCACCACUCGUCUGGUGCCUGCCGUCACACUCAAUCUUCCAGCCCCACCCUGGGGCCUGGGCCUGCCCUCACACUCAUGCCCUGGUGCCCAUGCCCGUGCUCUCGUUUUCAGGCUGAUGCCCAUGGCCCUGGCCCUGCUUGUGCUGGUGCCCAUGGCUGCUCUGUUCUUACCUUUCAACUUGUGCCAACAAGUCGAAACUCUUUGCCCUGGUCUUGUCUGAUCCCCGUGAGCCACUGCAGGCUGAGUGGGGCAUGAGGACUGCCCUGGGGGGUGGGUGCUCCUUGCUGCCUGGCCCCCUGCUGUGGGUCAGGAGCAUUGAGUUGGGGACGGUUGUUUUGCUAUUUUUUGUUUCCCCCCCCCUGCUGCCAUGUUGAUCUCUGUGGCACCCAGCUGGCAGUCGUGGCUGGCUCUCCCUUAAAGCUUCCUCUGCAGAUCCCUGCUGCCUAGCUCCUGGGCCUGGCCCAACACGUGGCUCAUGCAGAGGCAAUGCCCUGGGAGAGCCCCAGUUCCCUCUGCCAUGGGACUGGGCCAGAGCUGCCCCCGGCUGGCCUGCAGAGUUCCCAUGGCAGUGGUUUGUGUGCUGUGGGUUGGAUUGUGUUUGUCUCUCCCCAUCUCUGGGGGCUGUUGCACUGGCCUGGCUCGUGUUUGGCUGGUGCUGAGUCUCUGCUCCUGGGUCUUCCUCUCAUUUUAAUUCUUUCCAGGCCUUUGCUUUUAAAAUGUUUUGUUUUUCUCUUCCUGCAUAAAUGAACAAAGCAGCUGACAGCCAAUCCAUUGUCUGCCCAGAGGUCUGGGGUGAGGUCCUGCCCUAGGAGCCACCCUUCCCAUCCUGGCCUUUCUACUCCAGCAGAGCCAUAUGGACUCCAGGGCAGGAUUUUACCCCAGGAGAGCAAUAAAUGAAAGACAGUAGCAAGCUGCUUCUGGGCAGGGCCCCAGCAAGGGCUCUGGGGAGAGAGGGAGACGCCCUGAGGAGCAGGGCUUAUCACUGCUGUGUGCAGACACGGUACCUCAUGGCUCAGCAGUGGCCCUUUGGGGAGGCCCCCGUGCAUGUGCCCCUCUUCCUCUGGCUGGGUCCCGGGCUGGCUCUGGUGCCCUUCCAAGGCCUCUCCACUGGCGGGGCUGGAGUUGUGUUUGAUUUUCCUCGUGUUCAGUGUUGGUACGAUUUCUCUUUUCAGUGUUUAUGUGCUCAGUGUCCCUGGGGCGGGGAAGGGGAGAAGUCAGGAGUGUAGAUAUUUUAUUUGGGGGAUAGAGCCCCAGUGUUUUGUUAGGGGUUUCCUUGCCUCUCUGGAUUUUUGCCUCUCCACCCCGAAGGUGUAACCCAGCACACUGGCAUGGUCUCUAUGCUGCUGCCUUGGGCCGGGGGACCCCCUUCCCUU